CAGACCCACCCGUGCCAACAACAUAUAACUUCCAUAUAAGGUAAUAGUGUCCAUGUUUGGAUUUUUUAGUUACUGGAAAUCCCGUAUGUUUCUAGCUCCCUCGUGCUAUGUUGUUGUUUUGCUUUUGAUCCUUUUUCUUGUGCAAAGCAAGGCAAUUUGGAAUCUGGCUGUCAGCCGAAGAUGUCUUCACCUACUCGAGAUCAGGAAAGCGAUGCUUUAGCCCUGUUAGCUCUAAAAUCAGGCACUAUUAAUCCUAUGAAGCAAAUGUGGGCUGGUGUCAACACUGUGACUCCAAUAGCUAAACUUGAAGGUCGCGAGUUCGAAUAUUUGGUUCGGCAAAGUCGGAUUAUCAUCGGACGAAACAGCAGUCUUGGGAGCGUAGACGUCAAUAUGGGCCAUUCCAGUUUCGUUUCGAGGAAGCACUUGCAGAUAAAAUUCGAAAAUCAGGAAUUCUAUCUCAGUUGCAAUGGGAAGAACGGAAUAUUUGUUGACGGUGUUUUCCAUCGACGAGGUGCUCCUCCAUUGAAACUACCCUACGUUUGUGUGCUGCGAUUUCCAUCCACGAAUGUGAAAGUUCGUUUCACCUCGCUCGUUGGUGACAACACUCCGAAACGCGUACCGAGUCCCCCAAGAACAAAGGUUUUACCACCUCUGCGAAUAAACAUCCCGCAAUCAGAUUCUAACUUCGCCUCUCCUAUUCCAUCUCCAACAGGAACUAUAAGUGUGCCAAACUCCUGUCCUACCAGUCCCCGUGGAGAUGCCAAUCACACCUACGCUCCAAACUUACAUGCUGUAGCAGAGUUAGCUGCCCAAGACGUCCAAGUUACCGUAGAGGAAGAUAAACCCAACCCCUCUGGAGGGGAGGCGGGCAGUAAAGAUGACGGCAAGCCACCCUUCUCAUAUGCUCAGUUAAUAGUGCAAGCAAUAUUAUCUGCGCUUGAUAAGCAACUGACUUUGAGUGGUAUCUACACUCACAUCACGAAGAAUUACCCAUAUUAUCGCAGUGCAGACAAAGGCUGGCAGAAUUCCAUUCGUCAUAACCUAUCCCUAAACCGCUACUUUGUGAAAGUACCACGUGCUCAGGAUGAACCAGGAAAAGGCUCUUUCUGGCGGAUUGACCCAUCAUGUGAGCAGAAGCUGGCAGAGCAGGCAUUCCGCAAACGUCGACAGAGAGGUGUACCAUGUUUCAGACCACCUUUUUCUCAACUGUCUUGCAGGUCAGCCCCAGCAUCUCCCACUCAUGGCCUUCAGUUUCAUGCUCCCCCUGCUCCAGUGACUCAUGUACCACGAGAGAAUUCCCCUACCAAAACAGUGACCCAGGCAGCUGAUGCAGCAGGAUCUCAAGCCAAAGCAACCCCUACCUCACCUCCUAUCAUCCCAGCAUCUGGACUUCCACCCCCUGUGCCUUCCUUACCUUCAACAGUCCUCAAACAAUCUGCCGCAUUACAAGCAAUUGCUGCACAAAUGGCAGGAGCUGCUCUGCCUGUCAGUGUGAUCAAGUCUUCCUUGGAGGCUGUGAAAGAAGGAGAUGGAGCUGAGUCUGAGAAGAAUGGAUUUUCUCAGUCAUCAGGAGAUGAGUCACCCGUAGAGAAUACUCUUCAACCAGACGCAAAAACAGCUGUCAGCAAACCUAUGAUUUCUACUUUAGUAAAGCCAAUACAACAACCAACACAACAACAAGUUCAAAAAAUACAACAAGAUCAAAAACCACACCAACUGUCACAUCAACAGCAGAUUCCUCUUCAGUUUUUAGCAGGAGCAGCUGCUCCCAGUGCAGGUGGCUUGCUUACUCCCAUUCCUACACCAACAAAUGUCUCUCCAACUGGCACUCAGGAUAUGUCAGUCAAACCACAGAUUUCAAAAGUUCCUAACCCUCUGCCACUUCCCAUAGUAACAACUGGAACACUCACUCCUGACUCCUCUCCUCUUGGGGUGUUGUCUCCAGCUGCCACUACAGCUGCAGUUUCAAUGGCAAUGAAUGGUGCCAAGCGACCAUUAAGCACAAGUCAACCACUGACCAACAGUGAAGAAGAACAUGAAAUAAAGCGUCAAAAAUUAUCUCAGCCAAGUGCUGCAUACAAAAGUAGCCCCUCCCAGCCGGAGACUGCCAAUCAAGGAAAGCUCUAGCCUUCGCACACAUUAACUUUCUCAAAGCAUCAAGGCUGCUAAGUUACUGCUGUUAUUGUUUUGUACAGUUAGUAGUUAAGGCACCAAUCAUUUGUGGUAGACACUGCAACUGAUCAGAAUUCAUCAGAUGGGAGGUGUUUGACAUGUCAACACACACUUGACAGGACAAGGUGCAUUCUUUAAACAACAGUCUUUUUUCCUGAUCUCAUACUUUGAAAGGUCUCAAAUGUGUUUUACAAAGGUUGCAUAUGAACGCUACCAAGUGUCAGGGCACUGGACAAAUGUGGGCUGACAUGUGGUAAAUUUUGGGAACCUGAGGUGACGAAAAAUUUGUACUGGAAUGAGUGGUGUCCAAUGCAGAGAAGCAAAUGCUCUAUUUAACUAGUGACAUUUCUUAGAGUUCAGGGCACCUCAAAGGAUGGGAAGUUAAAGAUCAGAAUGAAUAAGUUAGGACUGAACAAUAUUUGUGCAUGUGUACAGAUGCCAUUCUUCUGUUGAGAAUGGGAUGUUUGUUACUAAGUGGGCUGGAUCUACACUGUAUGAUGAAGUGUUCAUUGGUAUAUAUCUGAUGAGAUGGGUGAAUAAUGGAUGUGACUAUCUCACAACGCUACAAAGCUACAGCACAUGUUGUGCUGUACUUUUAAGAUGUUUUGUUUGGCAUUGUUGCUGAUCAAAAUAGUGGUAUUCCUAUAAAUUAUCAGGGAACUGUGGUCAAAUGUAAACAUUUCAUACAAGUAUGCUUAGUUCUUACCCUGUCAAAUGGUAAUUAUAAUGCAGCAGUUCUAAAAUACAUUGAAAGUGUUUCAUACAUGACAAACUGGGUUUUGCUUUCAAGGGACUUAUUGAUUUAAGGCCUAACAGGAACUACAAAGUUUGCCAUAAUUAAAAAGAUAUAUAUUAACAGAAUUGAUAGUAAAGGAAGCCAAAGCAGUUUCAGGUUUUAUUUUAGCAAAAUUGUAGCUGUUUGGCUUUCAUUGAAUCUUUCUAUUUCCCAUGGUGCAAUAUUCAGCAAUUUUUGGUGCAUGCAAAGAAUUUAUGUUAUAGCUGAAUUCAGGCUUGCAGGGUUGGUAAUUCUUGCUCUUGAGGGCUCUAUUUCUGCUUUUCUAAAUUAAUCACUGAAUUUUAAUACAACUGAAGUAUUAAUUCCAAAAUUAUGUUUCUUGCUUUCUAAAUGAGCAGAGUUGUUCAAAAAUGAAAAUAAAGAAAUGAUUUAUAUUUCCUGAAAAGCCAAAAUAAGUAAGUAAAAUGAGUGUUAGUUACAGUCAUUGUAAGUGUAUGUUUAACUCCUUUUUUUUUUUUUUUUUUUUAAACAAAUUUCUACAAUGGCUGCUAGAAACCUUUUCAAUAAAUCCUUGAAAUCAAGAAUUUUAUUUCCCAUGGAAAAGAACUGUAAUAGGGCAACAACUAUAGCUGAUAUUAUUAACUAAGGCAUUAUUUCACAAUUUGUGUUUCUCUCUAUGAAAUUCAGUGUGAUGAUAAUACAGCAUUAAAUAUUUGUUCCAUAAGGUAAGACUAGAGUAGAUAUGUAUUAGGGGUCACGGCAACACUCAUCCAUCAAAAUGAACUUCAUUGUGUUAUAACAUUGCAAAUUAAAGUAAAUUCUUUUAUGGCCACUAAGAUCCUGACUGUGACCUUGUACAAAUAAUGGUACCUCUCUAUCUGUUAGUGACCCACUUGCAUAAAUGUCACUCAGAUUAUUGUUGUAAGGUCUAUUUAAUUUAUCAUUCUUUUAAUAAUAGUAGAUUUGUAUCGUGGGUGGACUUGCGUUAAAAAUGCCAGGAUUGCUCCUGGAAAAUUUUCAGUCAAGGGUGAUGAUCUCUUUGUAGAUUUGGCAGUUAAAAGCUAAAUUAAGAAUUUAUUCUCACCUCUAGGUUCUUUAAAUCUCCAUCAGAACAAAUUGAGUGAAGUUUGUGUUAUUUGUUGUAACCUUCCUCUUUCAAAGUCUCUCUUUUCACUACUUUCUCACUGGAUAGAAUUUGUGAGGUAAAGUUAUUUGUAAUUUUUUUUUUUGUUAACUGGUGGAGUAUGUUUCUAAGUGUUGUUGUAUAACAUAAAGUUGCUGGAAGUAGUAUCUUGUUCAAAUUUAUGUUUUGAUGUGAUUUUUUUAUCUCAAAAAUGAAGAAGAGAUUUUUAUGAGUUUUCUUGUAAAUGCUACAACUGCUCUUGCCACCCAGUCUCUCGGAAUUUUGGGUACUCAAACAGACCUCAAUUUCUUUUAUUGUUGAAAAUAAUUUAAAUUUGAAAUGAGGUAUUACAACUUAUGGAAAGUUAAGGGCCAAAGUUGUUUUAUUUGACAAAAUCUAGACCGGAUUCUCUACCAUGGAUUGUCAAGCCUUGAUGGCCAAAUAAUAAAUUAUUAAGCUUCGUCUG